AUGGCCUCCGCUCCUCCAGCCCGACCCGUGUCCUUGGCCCAAUCCAUUGACGACCGCAACUUGGAUGGUGCUGUGACGUGGGAUGAGGCCGUCACCAAAACGGAUGGCAUGAAGAUCGUCAUAUUGGACAAACCCAUGGUGGUCAACAAACCACCGGGCCACAUCACCAUCGGGUGCCUUCCAGCUAAGGACGAGAUUGUGGACUGCUCGAAACGGAAGACUCAGUUCCUGGAUGUGAUUCUGGGUUACGAAGGCGACAUCGACUUAAAACAGGUGGAGAUGCUGUUCAUGCAGCAGCGAUAUCAGGAUCUUCCGGAUCCUAUCCGAGUGAAGGGGGAUAACAUAACGCCCUACACCAUGCAGCUCGUCAUUCUCCCGAAAGGCGAUCGCAAGUGGGAUGUCGUGAAGCACAUUCGGUUCGCUGAUGGUGCCAGGGUGUGGCAUUCCACCAUUGUGGGAAUGAGUGUUGGUCGACCCGUGGAGAUAGACUACCAGAAACAGUUCCGAGAGGGCAGCCGGGCACUUCAGUACAUGUUGGAAGGUUUAGGGGGCUUCCAGGUGCGCUAUGCCAAGAUCGUGUCUGGAGCUGCAGCCAAACAGCUACCAAAGGAGACUGAGGACAUUAGGAAAGGCUUCCAAUUUAUUCGCGACCACGGACCCGAGGAUAAUUCCAACGGCCACUUCACCUCUUGGACUGAGGAGCAGGUGAACGAUCCAUCUGGACCUUUGUUUAAAUGGGACAAGGGCACGGUGAAGGAGUUCCUCCGCUCCUUGGCCGACCAAGGCUCCACAGCCAACACCAUACGUGACUGGCCUUUGACACUAGUGGACUUCACCCCGUGGGCGUUGAACACGGUUAUUGCCCCAGUCUUGCCCCACCUCCUGGAGCACGCCGUCAUUUGGAUUGGCAAGUCCGAAGUGGGUAAGAGCCCCAUUGCCUACACGUUGUCCCACCUCAUGUCCUCAUUUUGGUUGAUUCAGGAAGAUCGAGCGGAUGCUGUGCCAUCAUUCCAGACCUCCAACCACUUGGACUACUUCCGUAAGGAGAAAGGUCGCAAAACCAAGCCACGUGUCUUUGACGAUGGCAACCUGAACUUGGAGCACCCCGCCUCCGUCAAGGCAGUGACUGAGGUUUCAGGCAUCGACAGGAAAACCAUGGCCCGAUACACUGCGUCUUCUUACGAGAAGAAUCAACUUUGCCAGGUAUGCUCCAACCCGUAUGAUCGCGCGGUGGAGCCGGUAAUGGGCGAGGGUUCAUCCUGCGACCGCAUUGAUUUCGAUACCUUCUUCAAGUUAGUGCGGCCUUCAUUCCACAAGGACUUCGACUAUGAGGACCUCAUCGCUGUGUUCAAGCGUUCGGUCGUCGUGGUUUUCACGGAUCAGGGAAUCUACCUUCGGCUUCCCGGUACCUCGACAUCACCAAUCCCUCGCCGUGCAUGGCCAAGCACUGACUUCGGUAUGGUUUCCCAUUGUGCCCGUGCCAAGUUGGCAGCGUACAAGCGUGGUCAACUGUCUGCAGCUCCUGCUGAGCAUGGCAAGCAUUUGCAAUGGUCCCUCAAUCUCCUUCAAGCAGCCCUUGAUGAUGAGAACAUCCCUCGCUGCAGCACAGUGUUGGGCAAAAACUUCGAUGGUAAGAAGUUCGUUCGAGAGACCCGUCCUCGGCUUGCAGGGAUUGACGCCACCACCACUUACUUUCCUGAUCAAAGCAAUGAGACCGUCCCUGAGAACGUCCCCAAGCGCUUCAAGUCCGUUAAGUCCACCGUGCUUCUUGGCUUUUGUGGGCAUUUCUUUUCUGAUCUUUUGUCCUACUGUAAGAGUAUGAACUUCGACAUCGUAGUUCCGGUGAAGAAGGAGCCGGGCGAAGUGAAAGAGAAGUUUCGCAUAUUCCACAAGAAACUAGGCAACCGCUCCCUCUGCAUCAGCAUUUCGAACGAGUCACGUACGGCAUCUCCCAAGGCAUCUUCGAAGGCUACUGCGGCAUCUCCCAAGGCAUCUCCGACAGCACCAUCGCCAAUGCUCACGGCAUCUCCUGACAUCAACGCGAAAUCUCUCAAGUCGGACACAUCGACGACGUCUCCCCGGGCUUGCGCGGCAUCCUCUUCGGCCCAUCUCGCGACAUCGCCAGGAGAGCCCAUGGACAUUGAUGAGGAGGACAAGGAGGAAGAGGUCGUCGAUCCCAUGGCUGGUCUCACUCAGCAACUCGAAGAGCUUGCAGACCAAGAUUACAAUGUCUGA